AUGCAAUCCAAUUCAAAGCCAAUCAUCAUCAUGAAAUUUCAAUCAAGAUGGCGAGCUAGUUAAGACUAGAUAUAUCGAUAAGACUAGAUAAUCUAAGAGAUCAUUGAAUUCAUUAUAUUCAUUUAUCACAAUGGAUAAAGGAAAUACAAAUUUUCCUUCGGAAUACAAAAAUAAAUCUAGUGGAACUGAAUUUCGAUCAUCCAAUCCUUCGUGUUCCAAUAAUCACUGGCAAGGAAGGCCAGGAGAUAUGAAGAGGACGCAAGGUAAGAAAAGGGAACGGAGCCCUGAGAAAGAAUGUAAGAAAGAUAAUCCUCACUCUAGAAAUCUGACAAAUAUUAAAAAAGAAGAAAACUCCAAUGAAGAAGAGCAGGUAAAUUCAAAUUCUAGUAUUCAGCAGCAGUUUCAGCCAUCUCAUCUUACGAUCUCCUCUCAACCAUCGCUUCAAUCUAACACGCAGCAACCAACAAUUCCUACUAUGGCUCAAUCUUUUUCUGCUUACAGUUAUGGUGUUCCAGAACAAUAUAACGUUGACCCGAAUCAACGAUCUUAUUCUAUGAUGACUCCUUUUAACAUGUAUGCUGCAAUGAAUCCUCAGUGGCCUGGUAACCAAAUGGAUGGCAUGGGAAUGCCUCCGAAUACAAUGCAAGCUUCUACUACACUUCCUGUUAGCUCAGGCAUGGAUAUGAUGCCUAGUACAAGUGCUGGUAUUAAUCCUUAUGCAGCCUAUAUGCCCAUGACAGGUGAUAUGUAUGGUAUGAUGGGAAACUAUUUACCAUAUCCUAUGUAUCCCCCAGACAACUCUAUGAUGAUUCCUCCAGUAAAGGAAACUAUCACUUUAUCCUCUUGUGUUCUUUAUCCUCCUCAUCCAGGGCAACAUAUUAAGACAAGAGAAAGACACCCAGGUUGUAAAACUGUGUUUGUUGGAGGCUUACCGGAAAAAAUUUCCGAAGAAAUAGUCCGUGAGAUCUUUAGUAGAUGUGGUGAAAUAAGUACUGUUCGAAUGAGUAAAAAGAAUUUUUGCCAUGUGCGGUUUAUUGCAGAAGCUUAUGUAGAUGAGGCAAUGAUGUUAUCUGGCUAUAGAUUAAAAAUUGAAAAUAAAGACGAAAGCGCUUAUUCUGGAAGGCUUCAUGUUGAUUUUGCUAAAGCAAGAGAUGAUGAGUAUGAAUGGGAAUGUUUGCAACGAGCAUUACAAAGAGAAGCUCGUCAUAGAGAAAGAAUGGAGCAAGAAGCUUCGAGACCUCCAACGCCACCACCGGUUGUUCAUUAUUCUGAGCAUGAAGCAAAUCUGUUAACUGAUAAACUUAAGAGCAAAGAACAUUUCAAAUCUGCUACUCAUGUUUUGAUUACUUGGUUAGAAAGAGGAGAAUGUAACAGGAAAACUUGUGGAAGUUUUUAUUCCAUGAUUCAGUGUACAAAUAGUCAUGUGAAGACAUUGUUAAAUGAGAAAGUUAAGUUAGAAGAAAAAAUGUCCGAUGCCAAGGGGCAGAUGCAGCAGAAAAUGACAUCUAUUUCUUUAUGUUUCAAUGAGAUAUACAAGGUUUUUGAGACAAUUCAAAGCUUACCAUCUUUAAUGGAUAGUUUCACAAAAGCGCAAAGAAAAGAAAUUGAGAUUAUGAGGGAAAAAACAUUGGAUAUCAUCAAAACCCAUUCCAGAGAAUUAGUUGAAGAACGUGUUGAAGAUGAAAUGGAACUAAGUGAAGGAGAGGAAGAAGAGCAAAAAUCAGCAGAUAUCUCUGAAAAUACCAAAGGCGUAUCGAAAGAUGAAGUUCGGAAACUUCGUGAAGAAGUAGAGGAGUUAAGGAAUCGCUAUCAAAAUGCUGUUGAAAAAAAUGCUACAUUGAAAAUAAAGAUGGAAUCAACUUGUAAUACAUAUGCUCAAAUUCUGCAAGAAAAGAAAGAAGAAGCUAUAGCAAAACAAGCAGAGUUAUCUGAAUUAGAAAAAUUUAAAGAAGAAUUUGUAGCUACUCAAGGUCUUAACACCGCUUCUAGCCAAUCACAUGAUGUUAGAUCCAGUUCUGUAGAUGAAAGCGGUAAUAAUAUGAGCACUAUUACUCAACAUGAGAUGUGUUUAAUUGCUUUGAUUGCGACGUUCUUGAAUGUCCAUCCCUUUGGAGCUAGUAUUGAUUACAUAUGCUCAUAUUUAAUCAAGAUUGAUUCAAAUGUAAAUGCAGGAGAUAUAGAAAGCUUAUUGGAAAGGUUUCCAAAUUUAUUCAAAAAACACACUUCUGGAAUUGGAGCUACUUUGGUGAAAAAUUGGAAAUUUUUAGGCUUCUCUUCAAUGUCUAAUUAAGUUUUUUUUUUUUCAUUUAAUGUUCAUCUUUUUUUUCACCUACCUUUUAUUUCCUUUAGUUUUCAUUUCUUACCCUAUCAUUUAGCUAUUACACUUGUGUAAUAUAUCACUUAUAACUUAAUAUAUUUAUAUAUAAUAAGCAUCUUCAGAGCCCGAUAAUUAUAUUCCCUAUUAUCCAAACUAACUUCUAAAUGAUUCUGCUGAAUUCUACUUUUUUUUUUACAUCCAAACAAAGAGCCAUAUAUUAAAUAUAUUUCAGGAUUAAAAUCUGACAAUAAUUUAACUUUGAUGAAAUCUUAAUAUUUCUAAUAAAAAUUUAUUGUAUAUUAUGAUCUUAAUAGCUACUUUUUUUUAUUUAUUUAUCUUUGCAUUUAGUUCUUAAAAUUCUUAUUUCUUGAUAAUUUGUUAAUGUAUCCUUGACAUUAUUACUUAUGGAUAAUUCAUAAUGUUUGCUUAAAAUCAUAUUUCACUUUCCUUUAAUGGCAGAUAUUUAGAAAUUUUUUUUCUACUAUAAUAGUAAAUAGAAUAGUUAAGGUUUUAAUUUCAGUGAUCGUACUUUGUAAAUCAUAUGUAAUAAUCGUGUGAUAUUAACUUAUCAAUUAUUAUGCGUUUAUUUGAUAAAAUUGUUAACAUAUAAAGACUUCAUGUAAGUUGGCUAUAAAAUCUAAAGACGAAAAAAUUAGCAAAUUUUUUUUGCAUGUUUUUUCAUUUUGUAAUGUCUUCUAAAAUAAAGCUACUUUUACUUACAAUCAUUUAUCGAUAUUAGCCUAUGACAGUUAUGCAUAAUAGGGAGUAAUAUUUAAUUUAAUCAAAUUUUCUAUAUCGUGUAAUGUAGGGGUGCACAACCUGCGGCCCGCGGGCCAAAUGCGGCCCGCCAACCCUCAAUGUGCGGCCCGCUACCGCAAUCUAAACAAAAUGAAGAAAAAAAAUUAAAUUUUUUUUUAAAUAAAAAAAAAAUUCGGAAAUUUGAAAUUUACGCAUUUAAGUUUUUGACGCACCCAAUUUCACUGAAUGUACUUUUCGAUCGCUUUUUUUCGAUGGUUACCUCUACAGAUUUAGGCAUAGUUUUGAAAAUACCAUUAUUUUGAACACAUCAUUAUUACGAUAUACGAGUUUCUAAUUUUAGUUAUUACUUUUGACUCUCUUUGAGUGCUCCGAUUUUAUCGUAAAUUCAAUGACUUUCCGGUAGUUAUUGCUGCCCAUUUUCACGUAUUUUCUGAAAUCGCGAUUUUUAAAGAGUUAUGAAACGCUUUAUUUGUGCAAACUUCAUGAAAAAUCUAAUCUUUUUCGGCAGUUGUUGCUACGCAUUUCCGCAUGGUUUUUAAAAUUUUGAUAUUUUGGCACGAUAUUAUUACGAAUCGCGAUUAAAUAAUCGCUCAUUUAGAUAACCAUUUUUUGACGUGGUUUAUUUGUGCCAAUUUUAUUGCAAAUCAAAUUAUUUUUCAAUCGUUAUUUUGGCAAUUAUUGUUACACAUCUCUACAAGGUUUUGAAAGUCCGAUAUUUUUUAUAUGCUAUUUUGAUACUUUAAUUUCGCAUUUAAAUACAUAAAAUUUUGACGCGUUUUAUUGACACCAAUUUCACCGCAAAUAUAAAGGUAUUUUGAUAAUUUCCUUUGUAGUUAUUACUACGCUUUUUACCCGUGAUUUAAAAAAAAUUUAUAUUUUUCAUAUAAUUUGACAGCACGCGAGUUUUGAAUCGCGCAUUAAAAUAAUUACUUUUUAUGUGCUGUAUUUGUGUCGAUUUUUACAUAAAUAUAAAAGGUUUUUCGAACGUCUUUUUACUUGUAAUUUAGAAUAUCCUGAUAUUUUAGCACAAUAUUACAACUCUUAAAAUUCGAUACUGUUUUAAUUUUUUUUUGGAACUUAAAAAGUAAUUACGUAUUUUAGCAAAAUCGAUACCUUCCUAAAAAGAAUAAAAAUGAAAAAUAAAAACAAGUUGUGUACAUUUAUAUUAAACGCGUUCCCCUUUGCUAAAAAAUAAUUCAAAACACGUGUAUAUUUCUUUAGUCCCAUGAACAAGUGCAAGUUAACAUCACACACUCAACCUAUUCUUUUUGUUGUUACAUGAUUUAAAAAUCACAUGUCGAGAUUCGUAUUUAUACGUUUUAAAAAUCAUACGUUUUAAUUCUUCGCGUAAUUUAAAAUUCACACAUCGUAAUUCGUAUUUACGCGAUCUUAAAAUUGCGCAGCGCAUUUCGUAUUAAAAAUAACGAGAUUUAAAAAUCAUCCAUCGCGAUUCAUAUUCACGCGAUUUAAAAACCAUAUAUCGCGAUUCAUAUUCACACAUUUUAAAAAUCAUGCGCUGUGAGUAGUCUUUUCGCAAUUUAAAAUUGUACAUCUCAAUUCGUAUUCACGCAAUUUGAAAAUCACACAUUGCGUUUUAUAUUU